CAACAUUCAUCGCCCAACAGAGUGAUCUUGCGCCGCUCGUCAGCGCUCCUCGCAGUUCCGAUCUUGCCAUCUGCCUUGCACGCAGUUGGCAGGCCGAGGCGAUCUGGCAGAGACCUUGUUCUAACACGAUGCCUCCAGCGCUCAAUUCUGCCCAGCGGGCCGCACUCAACGAGUUCACCAGUGUGACGCAGGCAGAUCGAACCACGGGCACAAAGUUGCUCAAGCAGUCCAACUGGAAUGUCGGUGCCGCAGUCAACAUCUUCUUCAACAACCCGGCUGGCGGCCGCGUCAAUCCGCUGCAAGACACGCUUAACAAGCUUUUCGAUCAGUACCGUGAUGUAGGCACUUCCGAUUCGCCAGACGAGAUUGGUAUGGAUGGCACGUUCAAGCUGUGUGAGGACCUGCAGGUCAGUCUGGAGGAUGUUGGUGCGCUUGUACUCUUCGAAAUAGUCCAGUCACCAUCGCUUGGUAUCAUCGUGCGGGAGAACUGGAUCGAUGGAUGGUCGGACGUGGGAGCAGAUUCGGCUGCGAAGAUGCGCAACGUGGUGCUGCAGCGGCGGUCAGCUCUGCCGACGGAUCAGGAGCUCUUCAAGAAUGUCUACAACCACACAUUCACCCUGAACCUGGCCGAGCGACAGAAAGCACUGAUGCCGGAUAUGGCCGUUGCUAUGUGGGAGCUUCUGUUCAAGGCACCAGGGCUCGAGUGGAAGACGACAAACGCAGCAUGGCUCGAGUGGUGGAUUGAGUAUAAUCAAGACAAGGUCAAAAAGGCGGUCAACAAGGAUCUGUGGAAGCAAACACUCAACUUUGCGCUGCAGACGUUGAAGGACGAGAGCCUGAGCUUCUGGAGUGAAGAGAGCAGCUGGCCCAGCGUCAUCGACGAGUUUGUGGAGUGGGUCAAGACAGAGAAGUGGAAGGGUGAGAAGAUGACGGGAGAUGCUAUGGAUCAAUCCUAGAGGAUCCUGCCUCAUGAUGGAAAUUACCAUGAGCAGCUGCCCCAUCAGCCUGCUCGAUCAUGCUACGGAGGCCAACAAAGGCGAGUCCAUACUCAACAAGAUGGAAAUCGGCCUGGAACAGUAGCCAUCUGGAGGCGACCGAGACGUAGCCAGGUACGACGAUCACUGGGGCUUGUCUGGAGCACUCAUGUCCUGGGUGCAUGGUCUCCUUCUAAAAUAGCUUCGGUUGACCGUGAUCCAUAGCUAUGUGGAAGUCAAAGUGACUUUUUGGCUGUGUGGAAGUCGAACGCAUAGGAAGGGCUAGUUCUGGUAGUGCUGCACGUGCAACAAUAGGGAGGGAGGUCACAUUGAGCACACGGUCAUGAUGCGAACAGUCUAUUAUAGCAUGCUAUCCAGCGCUUAGCGAUGCACUCUUCAAUGCAAAUGCUUUAGGGAGCUUUCU